GGAUCCCGCGACCAAGGAUGCUUUCAGAGUUUGUGAGGAUGUUUUACAUAGAGCCUCCGGGGACCUGAGGCGGACGGUCGGGAAGAUGGCGGAGUUCGACUACAUGAAGACGGACGCAUUCGUGGCCGACCUCCGGACGUGGCUCAGCGCGGUGGUGACGAACCAGGAGACGUGCGUGGACGCGUUCGAGAAUACGACCGGAGACACUAGUGAAAAGAUGAAGAAGCUUCUGGAGACGGCGACGGAGCUGGCGAGCAAUGGCCUGGCGAUGGUGACGGAGCUCGCCACGGUGAUCAGCUCGUUCAACCUUGGCAGCCUCGGCGACAUGUUCGGCGGCAGCAGGAGGCUUCUGACGGCGGCGGAGGAGGAGAAGAGGAGGCUGGCUCAGGAGAUUGACACGCUGGCGCCGGAUAUUUUGGUGGCGCAGGACGGGACCGGCCAGUUCGGGACCAUCACGGAGGCUGUCGCGGCGGUGAAGAGCGACGCUGAGAAUUCCACUGUGAUCCAUGUCAAGGCCGGCGUCUAUAAUGAGAAUGUGUCGAUUCCAAAGGGGAAGAACAAAGUUGUGAUGAUCGGAGACGGACCUGAAACGACUAAAGUCACCGGAAAUAAAAGCUUUGCCGGUGGUGUUCCGACCUUCUACACCGCUACAUUAGAUGUAAACUCAGAAGAUUUCAUAGCCAAGGACAUCGGAUUUGAAAAUACGGCCGGCGUCGAUGGAUAUCAAGCUUUGGCACUGCGCGUCUCCGGCGAUAGGGCAAUAUUUUACAACGUUAAGGUUGAUGGGUAUCAAAACAGUCUUUGUGCCGACGUAUACCGCCAAUUCUAUAGCAACUGCACCAUCACCGGCACCACCGACUUCGUCUUUGGAGACGCACUCGCCCUUUUCCAAAAUUGCACAUUCGUGGCCCGUACGCCCGGUGCGAACCGAGAGUCCGUGGUUUUCGCACAAGGCCGCAACGACUCCAAUAGCAACAGCGUUUUCGUCGUCCAAAACGGACGCAUAACGGCCGAACCGGCGCUUCUGGAAGUGCAACCGCCGGAUCGGUCGUACCUUGGCCACCCGUGGAAACCGUACUCGCGGACCAUCAUCAUGCACACGGAAAUUGGCAAUUUCAUCAACCCGGUCGGGUGGUCGACAUGGAUCGGGAAGCUCGGCCUUAACACGUGUUACUAUGGCGAGUACGAGAACACGGGACCCGGUUCCGAGACAAAGAACCGAGUUACGUGGCCGGGUAUACGGAAAAUCACCUCGGAAAUAGCGAAGACUUGGACCGGGUCGGUAAUAUACGUCGAUGAUGGGUGGAUUAAAAAAUCUGGAGUUCAAUACGAACCUAACUUAAAGGAGAUUUAAUUUUUAUUCUUGUUUUUGUUAUUGAAUAGUUAGUUCUAACAUACGUUGUUUAAC